GGGUCCUUCUGUUCGAAAAUUCCAGCGACUUCCACGGUCAUGUGCUUCGGGCUAAAUACCACCGAUGCCUCCACGGUCAAGUUCCAUCGUUCAUGUCGCAACUGAUGGUCCAGGUUACUAAUGACGAAAACUACAAAACGUGCGGGUGAGAAAGAACAAGAACAAGUGAUACCUCCAACAACAAAAGGGAAAGGGAAAGAGAACCCGAAGGGUACCAAAACUCGAAACGCACCUCAAGCGUCAAGCUCUCAAGCUCCUUCACAAACCCGGAAAGACAAGCAAAAAAUGGUUGAGCCAAGUGAUCCCGAUGAUGAAAGUGAGAAUGAGGAAGGUCCUUCUACAAAACUGAAGAAAACAAUCAAGAAGAAGAAAGCUCCCACCAAGCCACCAACAAGUUCCCAACGCCUCAUGAAGCUCAAGAGCAUUCCAUUUGCUCCCACUGGCUAUCCGGAUCACGGUUUUCUACAAGAAGCGGGCCUCUUUGAAGAUGUUCAAGACAUCUUCGCCAACUUGGGUCUAGGGAAAUUCUUCACAAUGGCGUAUCCAACGCAAGUAGACCCAACGUGAGUUUCUCGCAUCUUUGAAGUUUUGUUGAGAAAGUAUUAUUACUCUUUUGUCGGUGAUGAUCAUGUUUGUGGUGUCUGUCAAGUUUUCAGCAAUCUCUUAACUGUUUCGUUACUUUGUUCAGUUUAGAGGCUGGGAAUGUUUGAAUUUGGAUUUAUUUAUUAGAAUCCAGGUUAUUUAGAUACUAACACUCAAGAUUAUAUCAUUAUAUAUUAUUUAUUGCUGUGUCUAAUGUAAUUAGCCUCUAGGACAGGGUGCUUACAAGGAAACUUAGGACAAAUGUCUGUGGAGCAAAGAUUUUGCAGAGGACUUGUUCAACUCAUGUGACACAUAAAGUUUCUAGUUCUGG